AAAAAGGAUAGGAUUAUACAAACAUCACUAGAAAUAAUCCGUUUAUCUAUACAGGGAUUAUAAAUUGGAUUCCCUAAAAAUUUUCUUUUAGUUUUUUAUCCUGAUAUCAUUUUUACAUCCUUGCUAUUUUUGAAUUUAUCCAUUUAUUCAAAAAAAAAAAAACGCCGGGAAUGCAGGCUUCGAAGCUUCGCUGAAGACAUGAAGACAACCAACACCCCUACCUUUGGCAGUGGCACGAGACGGAGAAACUCCAGUAAUGUUUCGCCGGUGAUAAAUUCUGAUCAGUGCCUACCUCGAUCAGAAUCCUUCCGUCUCGAUUUGAUAGAUGCUGCUACUGAAACUUAUUUAAUAAUUGGUCUUAUUUUUACUCUCAUCAGCUAUCUCGGGGUAGGCCGAAAUAAGACGAGGGCUAUUUCCCUCUUAGUUUACACAUCGCUGAUAUCACCUGGCUUGCUCAAAGUUGCAUAUCAAUUUUGCCUGUCAACCCAUAUCCGUAGAAGUGUGGUUUAUGGUGAUCAGCCUAGAAAUAGAUUGGAUCUAUUCUUACCAAAAGAUAAAGAUGGCCCGAAACCCGUCAUUAUCUUUGUGACUGGUGGAGCAUGGAUGAUAGGAUAUAAAGGAUUGGGUGCCCUUUUCGCUCUUCCGUUAGCAGAAAGGGAUAUCAUAGUGGCAUCUCUUGACUACAGGAACUAUCCUCAGGGUACAAUCAGUGAUAUGGUUGAAGAUAUUUCUCAAGGAAUAUCUUUUGUGUGCAAAAACAUUGCUGAAUAUGGAGGUGAUCCAAAUAGGAUUUAUGUAAUGGGACAAUCUGCUGGUGCCCAUAUAUCUUCUUGUGUACUCUUUCAGCAGGCCAUUAAGGAAUCCAAAGGAGAGACCAUCUCUUGGAGUGUCUCUCAGAUCAAAGCUUAUUUUGGUUUAUCUGGAGUCUACAACCUACCAAGUCUAGUUGAACAUUUUGAUAGUCGAGGCUUCCACCGCUCUAUACUUUUAAGUAUCAUGGAGGGGGAAGAAUCUUUGAAACGUUUUUCUCCUGAAAUCUUGAUUGAAGAUUCAAGUGCUGUGAAUGCUGUUUCUAUAUUUCCCCAUGUUAUCCUUUUCCAUGGAACUGCAGAUUAUUCAAUACCAGCAGAUGCAAGUAUAAGUUUUGUUGAGAGUCUUAAGAGAAUUGGUGUAAGAGCUGAGUUGAAACUAUGCAAUGGGAAAAGCCAUACAGAUUUAUUUGUUCAAAAUGCUCUAAGAGGGGGUAAAGAUGAGGUAUUUGAUUACAUUGUUGAUUACAUACAUGGUGGUGAUGCUGAUGCACUUGCUAAGGUGGAUCGGCAGGAACACUGUUCCGGCGACGGUUUAAUAACGGUUACUACAUUUGAAAUCCUCGAUAUUCUUAUACUGUUCAUGUUCCGAUUAGUUUCUGCUGCCUCGGAGUCUGGUUUUCUUAAUCUCCCGUCGUAUCAACACUUUAUAUCAGAUAAAGAGCGACCACCUAAAUCACUCAAGCUAUCAAACCCUUUGAUUGGUGAUGAUCAGAAGAUUUACACAUGUCUGGAAAAGAACUUGAUGAUUUUCCAUAAGACCGGCUCCAUUUCCAGGAUGAUACCUCUCAAUCACACAUGCAAUCUUGGUAUAACGCCAGUUCUUGGAGCUUCAAGAAAGAUAGUGUAUUUGGUUGCAGGGAACAGAGUUCUAAGAGUCAAUACUAACAACACCCAAAUUUCUAAAAAUGCUACACAAGUGUUUUUGGGUCCAGAAACAGGUGUAGAAGGGAUGAAUGAGAUUAUUGGGCUCUCAGUAAGCAUAACCAGUUUUUGUGUACUUGUGACUAUAAAAAGAACGGGACUGUUUGCUUACAGUUACGAUGGGAAACUAAGGUGGAGUACUGGACCUAUAAUUACUCAAUCAAAGUAUCGCCAAGGUUGUUGGAAAAACUUCACAGACUGCUUUUUUGAUUCAGCCCCUGUCAUCGAUCAUUGUGAUGCUAACAUUUAUGUGUGGAAUAAUCAAGGGGAAUUGUAUGCAGUGUCAAUUCGUAGUCCUCAUUUUAAGUGGAUUCAGAAUCUUAGCUCAUUUGGGAAGAAUUUAACAGUUACAGCUGGAAACAAUGGGAAAGUGUAUGUCACUGUAGCAGAUAGAGCCAUUGUUCUUGGUUUAGAUGCUGGAACUGGAACUCUUGUAUGGACGCAAAAUAUAGGGCCAUUAAGCACACAAGACCCUGAUCCAGUUGUUGAUAUCAAUGGUUGGAUAUCUAUUGGUUCAUUGGAUGGGUUUCUGUAUUCAAUUUCACCAUCUGGGAUUCUUAAGAAAUUCCCAGAGAAAACUGUUAUAUGGAUGCAAAGAAUAUAUGUCAAUGAUACAGUGAUGGUAGUUAAUCCGGUUCUUGAUUGCUCUGGAUAUGCGGUUUACAUAUCUCAGAGAAAAUUCGAGGGAAAGAUUAGCCAAAUCAUUGGUGAAUACACUUAUGUUUCAGCAGGGACGCCAUUGAAUGCCGAUUUCAAGUUGCUUGUUCCUACAACAGGAUCUGUGUAUUGGAAUGCAAGCUAUCCUGGUUCAGUGUCAUACUUAUUCUACGAGAGUGAUCUGAGGCAUUUUCUUCUUGAUGAAAGUGUACUUCUUGCUUUUCUUUCUGUUUCAGAUACUGGGAACCCAUUUCCAUGCUUUAGCACACAUGAGAAGCAUGCAUUAAGAUGUUCAAUGAUGGAAACCAAGCAUGUUACACUCUACACAGGCAAUGAGAAAGCAAUUAUAUUAUUUCUCUUCUUUGAAACAAUCCUAAUGAUAGUACUGGUAGGCCUGGUACAAUUUUGUUGCAUAUUUUGGAUGAAAAAGAAGGUUAAAAACCAAGAUCUUGCCAAGUUCCUUGAAAAAAGAAAAUCGCUUCGGAUUCAAAAGAAAGUGUUUGAUAGGACAAUAACCGAGCUUCAGAAAAAAGCAGCAUCGAAUGAAGAGAUUGAACAACUCGGGGAUUUGGUGAGAGAAAGAGAAGACAUAGAGAGGAAGCUUUCCACGACUUACAGUUUAGGAAAAGAUACGACAACCCAAGAAUCAAAAUCCCUAAUUCCACUCUCUGAUAAGAAAUCCGGGAGCUUGUCUUUUAAAAGUGGAAGAAGGAAAGAAAGUGUGGCGACCAUUAGUAACAGUUCUUUGGAGGAUGAUAGCGAUGAUGAUAAUGAAGUUGAGGAAGGAGAAUUGAAGGGUAAGGGUUCUACGGAGAUAGAAAGUUUUAGUGAUGAUGAGGCUUUGAACAUUGCUCAAACACAAGUCAAGAUGCUUGAUGAGGGAGAUAACCAGAGAGAUUUGCCAAGUGGUGGUGGGAGUAUGCGAAGGAGACCAUUAUCUUUAAGAAGUAGGAAGUAA